GGCCCAAUGAAUUAAUGGGCCUAGGGCUACACUUUCCUUGACCUUCCUCUCUCGAGUGUAUAAAAUAGAUGAAUCACAUUUCUUCGAUUGGCCGCUCAAUUCUAAAUCUGGGGUUUGCUGUUCGUCGAAGCCAUCCAAAAUGACCAAGAGGACCAAGAAGGCCGGUAUCGUGGGGAAAUAUGGCACCCGUUAUGGUGCUAGUUUGCGGAAGCAGAUUAAGAAGAUGGAGGUGAGUCAGCACAGCAAGUUCUUCUGCGAGUUCUGUGGGAAGUAUGCAGUGAAGAGAAAGGCUGUGGGUAUUUGGGGAUGCAAAGACUGCGGCAAAGUGAAAGCAGGAGGUGCUUACACCUUGAAUACUGCGAGUGCAGUGACCGUUAGGAGUACCAUUCGAAGACUUAGAGAGCAGACUGAGAGUUAGUCUUUGGCAUAUGGAUUUGCAUGUAAUUUUGGUUGAAAAUGUCUCGAGAACAAAUUCCUGUUUGAUUUCUGGAUAAUUCUUGAGGAACCUUUGAAUUCAAUGAAGCAAAUUUUGAUGUUUA